UUAUAAAUACGCACUGUAGUGUAGCAUACUAGGAUUACGUCAGCGGCAUUUUUCCUACUCUGAUCGGAGUUCAGUUUGUGGUGCAGUUUGUGGCUGUAACUCGACGAAUAUGUCACGCCACCUCCUUGUGGUUGCAUUGGCGUUAAUCGCGAGUGAGUUGCAAUUUGGAAAUGGUGCGAGGAUAUUGGGUGUAUUCCCGAUGGCAUCGAUCAGCCAUCAGGUAGUAUUCCGCAAACUGACUUUGGAAUUGAAUAAACGUGGCCACGAACUCGUCGUUCUGACGACAGACCCGGUCAACGAUUCUACGUUGAAGAACUACAGGGAAAUAGACCUUCAUUUUCUCUACGAUAGCCUGAAAUUUGGAAACCUAAUAGACAUACGAGGAGCGAUGGAUUUCGUUGAUGUGUUUAAGUAUUAUGACGCUUCCGCGUACUUUCAAACCAAUGAAGUAUUCAGUAAUCAAGAGUUUAGGAAAUUGUAUGCACCGAACAGCGGUGAAAAGUUCGACUUGAUAUUGUUAGAAACUUUUGUAUUCCCUGCAUUCCUGUCUCUUGCAGAACGAUUCAAAGCUCCGAUAAUUGGGAUCGCCAGUACGGGCUUACAAAUGAGUGUUCAAUACGACAUCGGCAAUCCCAUUCUGCCAUCUCAUCCAUCGAAUUGGAACAAGGACAUGAGGGAUUUUGGAGCCUGGGUACCAUGGGAGCGGUUGGAUAACUUUAUCAGAACCUGGAAACAUAUUCACUACUAUAGGACAGAAUUUUUGCCGAAACACCAAGCAAUCGCGGAAAAUCACCUCGGAAUCGAGAUCCCUCAUCUUGGUGACAUCCAUAAAAACAUCAGUUUGGUUUUCGUUAAUCAACAGGGCCCGAUUUCGUUCGCUCGGCCCAACAUUCCGAACAUCAUUGAAAUUGGAGGUUUUCACACGUCAGCAUCGAUCAAGCCGUUAUCGGACGAACUGCAAAAAAUCCUAGACAACUCUACCCAGGGUUUUAUCUACAUGAGUCUCGGAUCAAACGCAAAAAGUAACAUGUUGAAGGAGGAAACGCGCAAUGAAUUCAUUGCUGCGUUUUCUAAACUACCCUACAAAGUGGUUUGGAAGUACGAGGAUGACGUACUUCCAAAGAAACCAGAUAACGUAAUCGCAAUGAAGUGGGUUCCGCAACAAGCUGUCCUAGCUCACCCAAAUCUGAAGGUGUUCAUCUAUCAGGGUGGACUCCAGAGUACAGAGGAAGCCAUUUCACACGCAGUUCCUCUGAUCGGCUUGCCGGUCUUCGGUGACCAGGACAUGAAUGUUGACAAAAUGGUGUCUCUUGGUGUUGCUAAGAAGCUCGAGAUAACUGCUGUCAAAAGGGACGAUCUGCUGGAAGCAAUUCGUACCAUCGCCCUGGACAAAGGGUACAAGCAGCGGAUGUUGAAUUUACAGUCGCUGCUGAACGACAAACCACGCGAUUCGCUCGAGAACGCAAUUUGGUGGACGGAACACGUUAUACGUCACAGAGGCGCUCUGCAUCUGCACUCCUCGACGGCCGACGAGCCUUGGUAUCAACGCCAGGACAUGGACAUUGUUGCUUUCAUUUCUGCCGUAUCUGUAAUAGUUUUGAUCUCAGCAUCAAUCGUAUCAUACAAGUCGAUAAUCUUUGUUCUCAAUGCGUUGUCGAGUUUUUCCGGGCCCACCGGGAACAAAAAGAAAAGAAACUAGGUAUUUUUCACCGUACACACAUAAUUCAAAUUGAUCUGGUUUUGUCCCAUAUCCAUUUUUUUCGAAUCAUAGUCAUUGUAAUUGAUGUCAAAACUUACGCAUGUCCUUUGUUCUCAUCAUGUUCUUAAAGCACAUAAUCUGUAAAUUUAAUAACGCCAGUGUUCAAUUGUCAAAUAUUUUUCUGUUACAUGGCGAUUCUUUUGUUUUUUCCUCAUAACGGUUGUUAUUGACUUUCAAAACCGGCUAAUGACGCUUAAGUUGGUGUAGGGUUACGUUUAAUUACUUUCUACAAGAGUCUCACUAUUGUGAAACUUGUCACUUCAA